CCAGCGGGUCGGAGCUGGCCCAGUCAGGGUGGAAGCGGAGACUUAACCGGCCGGACGCGUGUGGCGUCGCGGGGCCGCCGCUGGCCGCCGUAGAGCCAGUGAUUGCCCCGCCCGCGGCGCCGGCGCAGACGGGGAUGGAACCGGGCGGGAGACUCCGGGCGCACCGCGCCGCGGAGGCACUGGGUUGGCUUCCUCGAGGGAAAAGAAUCGGCCUUCCGUGGAGGGGUUUCAUCAUCUGCCCCUUUGGUGACCCUGGGAGUUCCAUCAUGGACUUCUCCACACAUUCCUCCCUGCUGGUUGCACCCUCUCCCAAGGCCUGAAGAACUCACUCUAUGCUGAUGACCAUCACAUCUCUGCAGCCCAGACUUCUCUCUGAGGCUUAGACUCCUGGGCCCCCAAUCCUGCUCUUUCUCUCGUUCUGGGGGUCUUUGUCCAUGCCAUUCACUGUGCUUGGAAAGUUCCGUCCCCAGCCCUCCCAGCUCAUCUGUCUGCACGCCCUCACUGUUGGAGCAAGCUCAAGAGCCCAGAUGCCUGUCCAGCCUCCAAGCAAAGACACAGAAGAGAUGGAAGCAGAGGCUGAUUCAGCCGCUGAGAUGAAUGGGGAGGAGGAAGAGAGCGAGGAGGAACGGAGCGGAAGCCAGACUGAGUCAGAGGAGGAGAGCUCAGAGAUGGACGACGAGGACUAUGAGCGGCGUCGCAGCGAAUGUGUCAGUGAGAUGCUGGACCUGGAGAAGCAGUUCUCCGAGCUAAAGGAGAAGCUGUUCAGGGAGCGGCUGAGUCAGCUGAGGGUGCGGCUGGAGGAAGUGGGGGCUGAGCGAGCCCCUGAGUACACAGAGCCUUUGGGGGGGCUGCAGCGGAGCCUCAAGAUCCGCAUUCAGGUGGCAGGGAUCUACAAGGGCUUCUGCCUGGAUGUGAUCCGGAAUAAGUACGAGUGUGAGCUGCAGGGAGCCAAGCAGCACCUGGAGAGUGAGAAGCUGCUGCUCUACGACACGCUGCAGGGCGAGCUGCAGGAGCGGAUCCAGAGGCUGGAAGAGGACCGCCAGAGCCUGGACAUCAGCUCUGAGUGGUGGGAUGACAGACUGCACCCCGGAAGCAGUGCAAAGACUUGGGACUCUCUGCCGCCCAGCAAGAGGAAGAAGGCGCCUCUCGUUUCUGGUCCUUACAUCGUGUACAUGCUGCAGGAGAUCGACAUCCUGGAGGACUGGACGGCCAUCAAAAAGGCUAGGGCAGCUGUGUCCCCUCAGAAGAGAAAAGCAGAUGGACCGUGACCCUGCUGUUCAGAGCCAAAGGGCCCCUCAGAGCAGCUGGCAGCAACCUCAGGAUUUGCAUCUUCCUGCUGUGGGAAGGCGGACUUACAGAGCCCUCAGGGGCUAGCCAGCCGCUCCGCUCCCGCUCCCGCUCCCGCUCCCGCUCCCGCUCCCGCUCCCCGUGCUGCUGCUGGGCCUUCCCCUCCAGCCACCACUGGUCUGGACUCCUCCACCCUCCUCAGAGGCCUGCACUGCUGUGGCCCAGAGCUGCACUAGCCAGCCACGACUGUCUCCUCUGUCCCCAGUGAGCCCACCACCUCCCCCUCCCGAAGGCCAGCCUCCUCUGCCCUCACAGACAAAGAACGUGGCUCAUCUAAAGCCAAAGCAACAUCCUCCCUGCUGACCUCGGACCAGUCACUGAGCCAGUGAUCUGGGCCCACUUCGUGGGAACUAUGAGCCAGAAAUUCUAUUUUGGCGGCCCAUCUCUCCUGGCUGUUGCUGGAGGUGAACAGGCAGGCUCCCCCAGUCUUCACAAGGAGGUUCUUGGCAUCUGUCUCCCAGAUUUCAGGGACUGGAAUUAAAGCCUUUCCUGGGACCCUG